AGAACAUCCCCUGACAGAUCAAAGGGCUUUUGGAAAACUAAAGGAAAAUUCUCACAUUCUUAACGUCGUCGGCAAGGGAUUAAAGCAAAGUGACUUCAAACAAUUGCAUUCUGAUUACAUCCCACAACUUAGUGACUUCAAAGGUUUUUUGUGGAAGAAGUGUGAUUAAGACAUCUGCGGAAUUGCUUUUAUACAGUAUGAAGCUUGGUUAGAAGCCACAAUUGGGUUUGAAACUUAGAACAAUGGCAGUCAAUCUCCAUUAUGAUCGUUGCUUUGGCCCAUUGAUAAGAUUACUCCAAAAACUGUUUGGAUUUCCUGAACCAAUAGAGGAGGAGACAAUCAAAGGAUUUGCUGUUCUCCAAAAGAAGAAUAUUUUGGAUUUUAAUGAUUUCCAUGCAGGAGUGGAGGACAAUUUCAUGGAGUUGCUCGGAACAAGAGUCGCUUUACAGCUUAUCAGCACUACUUCUAUGGAUCCAAGAAGUGGAAGUGGAAAACUUGGGAAGGCAGCAUUUAUAAAGAAAUGGAUAUCUACUGGGCAAAACAUCGUUAGUGGGGAGAGCAAGUACCAGGUUGAUUUCAAGUGGGACUUCAGCUUUGGAACUCCUGGAGCUUUCCUUAUAAGGAAUUUUCAUCACCAUGAGUUUUUUCUCAAGUCUUUAACAGUUGAAAUUCCUGAACAAGGCAAUGUUCAUUUCGUCUGCAACUCUUGGGUUUAUCCUGUUAGUAAAUACAAGACAGAUCGAAUUUUCUUCUCAAACAAGAGCUAUCUUCCGGCUGAUACACCUGUGGCCCUCGCAGCGCUGAGAAACAAAGAGCUUCAAAGCCUAAGAGGAAAUGGGACAGGAAAGAGGGAAGAAUGGGACAGAGUUUAUGAUUAUGAUGUUUAUAAUGAUCUUGGGGAUCCAGACAAAGGCGAGGACUACAAACGUCCAGUACUGGGAGGGUCUACAGAAUUCCCAUACCCACGAAGGGGGAGAACCGGCCGUCAUCCCAAUAGAAGUGACCCUGCUACGGAAAGCAGAUUAUUUUCACUGAACCUAGACAUGUAUGUUCCUCGAGAUGAACGGUUUGGGCGGCUCAAAAUGUCUGAUUUCUUAGCCUAUGGACUAAAGAGUCUGGUCCAGUUUUUAGUGCCUGAACUCCAUGCACUGUUUGAUUCCACUCCAAAUGACUUCGACUCUUUUGAAGAUGUUAAGAAGCUGUACACGGAUGGAAUACCAUUGCCUUUGAAAUCUACUCAAGAGCCUGCAAACAAUUUCUGUCGUCUGGAGCUCAUCAAGGAAUUUUUCAGAGCAGAUGCCGAGAGUUUGCUCAAGUAUCCUUAUCCACAGGUCAUAGCUGCUGACGAAUUCGCGUGGAGAAAAGAUGAAGAAUUUGCUCGGCAGAUGCUCUCGGGUGUCAACCCAGUGCAUAUCAGGCGUCUUCAAAGUUUUCCCCCAAGAAGUAAAUUGGACCCAGGAUUAUAUGGCCCACAAGAAAGCUAUAUCACUGCUGCACAUAUAGAGAAGAACCUUGAUGGCCUUACAGUGGAGAAGGCCCUUCAAAAAAAAAAACUGUUCAUUUUGGAUCAUCACGACACCUUCAUGCCAUAUCUCAAUCGGAUAAAUGCUCUGUCCACAAAAGUUUAUGCUUCUCGCACAAUUCUGUUCCUCUGCAAAGAUGACACCUUGAAGCCAGUUGCUAUAGAACUGAGUCUGCCGUCGGGAAGAAGAAGGGUGUUUACUCCAGCAGAGGAAGGGGUAUCAGCAGCACUCUGGCAGCUCGCUAAAGCACAUGUCACAGUUAACGAUUCUGGAUACCACGAAUUGAUCAGCCACUGGUUGAGGACACACGCAGUCAUAGAACCAUUUAUAAUCGCCACAAAUAGAAACCUGAGCGCCCUGCAUCCCCUUCAUAAGCUAUUAACCCCACAUUUUCGUGACACAAUGAACAUUAAUGCUCUGGCUCGCCAUAUUCUCAUAAAUGCAGGAGGAAUACUUGAAAGAACGGUGUUUCCACUUAAGUAUUCCAUGGAAAUGUCUGCUAUAGUUUACAAAAACUGGAGAUUUGACGAAGAAGCCCUACCCGCUGAUCUUCUUAAAAGGGGAAUGGCGGUGGUAGAUGAAUCAGUGCCCCAUGGGCUGAGGCUCACAAUCCAAGACUAUCCUUAUGCUGUGGAUGGAUUGGAUAUAUGGUCUGCAAUACAGUCAUGGGUUCGGAAAUAUGUGUCCUUCUUCUACAACGAUGAACGUGUAAGAGGUGACACAGAGCUUCAGGCAUGGUGGCAUGAAAUACGAAAUGUUGGUCAUGCAGACAAAAAGGAGGAGACAUGGUGGUACAAGAUGGACACUGUUGCAGAGCUUGAGAAAGCAUUAACAAUAAUCAUAUGGGUGGCUUCAGCUCUUCAUGCAGCAACCAAUUUUGGGCAGUAUGCUUACUCUGGGUACAUGCCCAAUAGGCCUGCUGUGGGCAGAAGGUUCAUCCCCGAAGAAGGAUCUCGGGAAUUUUCAGAGCUUGCUAAGAAUCCAGAUUUAGUUUUCUUGAAAACUGUCUCCAGUCAAUUCCAAACUACCCUUGGCAUUGGGCUGAUUGAGAUAUUGUCUAGACAUCCUACAGACGAAGUUUAUCUUGGGCAGAGAGAAACAGAGGACUGGACUGACGAUAAGCGGGUAAUGGAAGCGUUUGAGAGCUUUAGUAGUGAGUUACAAGAAAUAGAGGACAAGAUAAUGAAGAGGAAUGCAGAUGGAAGACUGAAGAAUAGGUUAGGGCCUGUAAAGGUGCCAUAUACAUUGCUGUAUCCGAGUACUUCGGAUUUUAGCAGGCAGGGCGGAAUAACAGGCCGAGGAAUUCCAAAUAGCAUCUCCAUUUAGCAGACCACCUCUAAAGACAAAGAAAACGUGUUACCUAACUAAAGUGCAAUUCUCCUGAAAAAUGAUUUGUUGUUUAAUAAGGGAUGUGUGUUAUGUUUCAGGGCCACCAAACCUCUGUUUUUUUAAGCCAUAUAAAUACUUUCUUCUGCAUUUCACUUUCUUUUAAUAAUGUUGUUAGUGUUCCAAUUUGUUAUGUGACACAUUCUGUCAUCUAAACCUGCAAGAGUCUGAAAAAAUAUCUUUUUAAGAAGAGGGGAAAAAGAACAGAUUUGAGAACGUAUGCAUUCAGAUGAUCAGAAAUUUUUAA